UAGAAUACUACAUGUCCCAUAAUGCACUUCUACGUUCCCACAUAUUCAGUUCUUGCACGGGACAAAUGUUUAUCCUCGUCUUUUCCCGUCAUGUACGGAGAACUACAGACAAUACGCCAUUACAAUAAUUGAGUUGGUCUUGUCCAUCCAGCUAAAGGUGAACGUUUGAUUUAAUGAAUAGUAGAGGGAGCCAGGAUAGAGGGGAGGAGUCAAGGAAAAAAAAAAAGUUUACGCUGUGGCAAAGCGGAGCGGCACCGAGGACAGCGUCCGAGACCUAUCCUCAACAGGUAACACAGCUAAAGCCACACAGUGCAGACACUAAGCACCAUGUUCACAGAGGUGGUUGUCGCUCUGGUGACUGGAGGACUGAUCUACUUCCUGCUUCGGAAGAACAAGAUCCAGGUUCUGAAGACAGAGGAUGGCUGGUGGGGGGCCGGAGCACCAUCCAGUGGUGGAGAGGAUGUCACCAUCCGCCCCUUUAAAGUCGCCACCAGUGAUGAAGAGCUGGAGGACCUGUACAGGAGGAUAGACCAGACUCGCCCUGUUCCUUCCCUAGAGGACAGCCAGUUUAAUUAUGGCUUCAACUCCCAGUACCUGCAGAAGGUGGUCUCUUACUGGAGAAACGACUUUGACUGGAGGAGACAAGUUGACAAAAUCAACCAGUACCCCCACUUCAAAACCAACAUCGAAGGCAUUGAUAUCCAUUACCUGCAUGUGAAACCCAAGAAGGUGCCAGAGGGAACCACUGUGAUUCCUCUGAUAAUGGUUCACGGCUGGCCUGGCUCCUUCUAUGAGUUCUACGGGUUGAUCCCUCUGCUGACGGAACCAUCAGACCCAGGUGACCUUGUGUUUGAGGUGGUGUGUCCCUCUAUACCAGGGUAUGGUUUUUCUGAAGCACCACACAAGAAAGGUUUUGAUUCAGUUUGUGCAGCACGCAUCUUCCACAAACUGAUGAGGCGUCUGGGCUUCCAGCAGUUCUACGCUCAUGGAGGAGACUGGGGCUGGCUGGUCACCACCAACAUGGCUCAACUGGAGCCAACGACAGUCAAUGGUUUGCAUGUGAACUUCGCCCCGCCCUCCAAGCCGACGCUGCCCAUAGUUUUAUCCAUCAUGCUCGGCCGUCGCUUCCCUAAGCUGUUUGGCUUCACUGACAUAGACAUUCAGCGUCUCUUCCCCCCCACGGAGAAACUGGUGGUGGAGUCCAUCAAAGAGUCCGGCUACAUGCACAUCCAGGCCACCAAGCCUGACACCGUAGGUCGAGGACUGAAUGAUUCUCCGGUGGGUCUGGCUGCUUACAUUCUGGAGAAAUUCUCCACGUGGACGAGCUCCGACUUCAGGAGCCUGGAGGAUGGAGGGGUCACCAGGAAGUUCUCUCUGGACGAUCUGCUGACUAAUGUGAUGAUCUAUUGGACGUCUGGCUGCAUCAUCUCUUCCAUGAGGUUCUACAAGGAAAACUUUGGCCAAGGCCUCGACGCACCUCACACUAAGAUACCAGUGUGCGUCCCCACUGGGUUUGCGUGCUUCCCCAACGAGCUCAUGCACUCUCCCAAGCUGUGGGUCAAACAGAACUACCCUAAACUCGUGAGCUACACGCCCAUGGCCCGUGGCGGCCAUUUUGCUGCCAUGGAGGAGCCCCAGCUGAUGGCCGAGGACAUCCAGAACUUCAUUAAGACAGUGGAGAAGAAGAAGAAAUAGAAGAUGAUCAGGUGAAAGAAGUAAACGUACAGUAUGAAAGUAUUGAUAAGCUGAUGGAUGAAUGGAAAGCAAGUGGAGCACAAUGGUGAGCAGUAAGUAGACAUAUACACCCAAUCUUGAUUCUAGGCUGUGAAGUAAGUUUCUCUUUGUGCUGGAAUCAAUGAUAUAGUGUAGUUUUGUUAGUGAAAUUCCUUAUCAUAAUUCUUCAUGAUUGAGCCUUAUGCAGUGUUGCAGUUUUUUCAUUGGUUUGGGCUCAUUCUCUGUGCAACUGUCACAAAUCCAUCUCAUGUCUGCAAAAGGUAGUAACUCACACAAUUGGCCAUAGUCACCAAAAUGAAUGGAUGAAUUGGAUCGUUUAUAUGAAGUCAUAUAUAGUGAACACAAAAUGACAUCCACGUCAAACUGAAUUAGUAGGGUAAACACAGCAAUUAUACUAAUUAAAGCUCUGUUCCAUUCAGGUCAAACAGAGUCUGUGUGCUACUAUUGUGUAUGUUUUCUCACUGGAAAGGUUCUGCUGCACUAAAUGGAACAGAACAAGAAGUGCUGUGAAAAAGGUCUAUUUGUAGUUAUAAAGACAUGAAGCUGAGCUUAUUUUGGAGCUACUGUUCAGACUUUCUGUCUAGAUCGUUCACUUUUAAAACUGUUAAACAACACAAAUUUUUUUUUUACAUGAAGGAGACACGUUCACAGCCUUUAAUGCUAAUCCAAGUACUGUUCGACUUGUUUAUAUAAGCACAGCAUAGUAAAUUACAAAAAAAACCAUUUCUUUCUGCAAGUGGAAGGUUGCUGCAGGCUUGCUCACUACCAGCCACAUCACUAGUCCCUAACAAACUCACAGCUACACCUGUCAGUGCAGAUUAAAGUCGGAGAGUUUCCUCCAAACUUCCCUCAGCCUUGUAGUCUUGAAUUGUUUACAAAGCAGCUGCAGAUGGGAGGUCAGGGGGUUGCUUGUUGUUAUUGUGUUGACAGUUUGGUCGAGGUGCCAGGCAUUCCUCUAACCGAUAACAGGAAAUCUCUUUAUUGAAGCUACAGCCGUGCCGCCACGUUAUCGGCUUAACCCACUGAAUUAUGUUUCAUUUUGCUGUAUUUUUCCCUCUGGACUUAUUCAGAACUGAUUUUUAGUAUUUUAACGCUCUGAUGAAGUCAGAUUUCUUUAAUACAUUACACAGUUAACACAUUUUGACAGCUUUUGAUUUAUUUGCUUUAUCAGUUUUACAUUUUGCCUCAUGGUGGACUUUGAUUUGCUACAAAAACUAGAAGCACUGGUUACUUAUAUUAAUGUCCUUCAUUAAAGUUUUUGAUAUUCAGAAUCUGAUAAUCAUCGUAAGAUCAUGUUGGUCUUGACAAAGUUGAAUACGAUCUGUAAUGCUGUUUGACAAGUUUUUUCUGAAGGUGAUUUACUUAAAUGAUGAAAUGUAUUUGGUUUUAUUAAAAAGAGUGAAACAAUUUUACAAACUGGCCAUUCGGAAUGUAUCUCAUGAAUAAAAGCCUUGGAAAUGUAGUCACCAGAGGUGUUUUGUCAACUUCUGAAAUGCCAUUUCAUUUCACAAUAAUGCCAAAAUCUGAUCUUUCCCUUUAUAAACAAUGCAGUUUAAAAUGAAUCGGAGUGUAUCCUACCAUUCCAGGAAGACCAGAAUGACAUGUUGUAUCUCAGAUUGUGGCAAGCACAAUGUUAUUUUUGACCAAAUAAAACUGACACUGAGUAGA